AUGUCGAGUAUGGGGAAUAAGCAAUGGUAUGCCUUUGUCUUUGAACUCGACCACAUACAAGAAAGACUCGGCUUGGUUGAUGCAGGGUCCAAGACUUGCCGGUACAUGCAGUCUGCAAGGCAUUUGGGGGUCAUCAACGGGCUUUCGGACAUUCGACUCGGCCCCGCCUUGCCGUCAUGUUCUCGCACUACCCCCCACCAUGGCUCCGACGAUCACCACCACUGCCCACCAAAUGAGAAUCCCUCGAUCCUCUACAAGAUGCUCGAAGCAGCCGCCACCUCGUUCGCCUCCAUACUUGUGCUCGGCGCCGGUUUCAGUAUCGCUGCCUACGCCUACCACAAGACCUAUAAGCACAUCGUCUUACAGAAAAUGUCCAACGCUUUUGAGCCCGGUGAUCCCGUCCUCGACCUCGCCGCUAUUGGCAAGAACAUACCGCUCUCCAAGACCGCUGCCGCCACGCAUUGGAUCGCACGACCCGAGCAGGACAUCGUCGAUGAUAUCGUGGCUGGCAAAGAGAUCGGGCACUACCACCUGUUCAUCGGCGACAAGGGCACGGGCAAGAGCAGCAUGUUGUUGGAAGCCAUGCGCAAGAUCGACGGUGACGGCGUGGCCAUGUUUGAGGCGCAUGCCGACCUGGAGAUCUUUCGCAUCCGCCUGGGCAAGGCGCUCGACUACGAGUUCCACGAAGAUUACAUCGGCAGCUACUUUAGCGAGCGCGGCCCGCGCGACACUACGGCGCUGUUGGAUAUUGAGCGUGCGCUGAACAAGCUGGAAAAGGUGGCACUCAAGCGGCGUGCAAAGAUUGGAAGGCCGCUGGUGGUUAUCAUCAACCAGAUGCAUCUGAUCCGCGACGAUGAGGACGGCAAGGACCUGAUUGAGCUGCUCCAGCAGAAGGCCGAGCAGUGGGCCGCCAGCAACUUGGUUACCAUGGUGUUUAACAGCGACGAUUAUUGGGUGUAUGAGAGGCUGAAGCAGUUGGCCACGCGCAUGGAGGUGCUCUCGAUCACGGACCUGCCCAAGAACCUGGCGACGGCGGCCCUCAGGAAUUAUCGUCACCGCUAUUUCGGAGAGGACUUAAGCGACCAGACCUUGGAGCAAAUCUACGAUCGCGUGGGUGGUCGCCUGAAUUUCUUGAAUAGGGUCGCCAAGAGCAAUGAUAUGCUGGCGACAUGUGAUGAGAUCAAGCAAGUGGAGAAGACGUGGUUCUUGAACCAGUGCUGGAUUCUGGGAGAGGAAAUGGAUGAUGAUGUGAUGGAUCAGCAGAAGUGGGCUGCAGCAGCAGUAGUCCUAGCCACCGCCCUCGUCGAUAAAGAAGCCAUGAUGGAAGCCGCUGGCUCUUCCACCUACGACCCUGUAGUCGGCCACAUCCUGCCCUCGUACGCUCUGCACGAGGCCCAGCAGAUCAUGACGCGUUCCGACUUUGUGCGCGCCCUCGACCGCCUCAAUCUUUUCUCGAUCACCAAGAACGCCCAGGUGCGCGCCAGCUCCGUGCCCAUGCACCUCGCAUUCCGGGAGAUCGUUGCUCAGCCCGGCUUCCGCGAACACCUGCAGGCGACCAUUGACAGGAUUGCGGCUAUCGAGAGCUUGGGACGUACCAGGGAGUUGGUGGCGAAGGAUCUGGUGCUUGGUGGUCAUUAUGAGAUUAGGAGGUCGGAGAAGGGCAAGGGCGUAGAUGUCAAGUUGGUUAUGCCGGAACCUGAGGAGGAGGGUGAGGAGAAGGAUGAUUAA